CAAGGCUAUUCAUCUCUGAGAAUCACUUGUGUUGAUGUUUGCUCGUCUUGUUUGCGUCUUCUUAUCUGAACUUCGUAUUUUAAUUUGAGUAGCCUUUGUCUGUAAUUCUACCGCUGUCUGUGACUAGAUGUUAGGCUAUUUGGCUACUUUGCCCAAUAGUUGACUGAAUGGACUUCCUGGCUGUGGCUUUAGACAAAAUCACCGUUUAAAAUGGUAACACCAGCAAAACUUCACCACUGCGCAAUUAUUUCUUCGAUUGUGUCUCUUUUGCUUACAGUUCCUGUUUGCGUUGAGAGUGGCAAAGCUUUGAUAUUGCCGUGGGAGUAUAGCCAUUGGCACCACAUGCGCAUUAUUGUGGAGGAGCUUGCUGAACGGAACCACAGCGUUACAGUAUUGGUCCACUCAGCCUCGCCUUCUGUGAAAUCAUUUCAGGACGAGCGUAUAAACUUCACAAUUUUCCAAGUCCCUCUGGAGAAACACGAAGUGCAUGCCAUGUGGAUUGAAUUUGUUGAAAUACAGAUGUAUCCAUCUGCUUCAAAACUCCAGAUUAUUUUGGACAUGUUAGCAAUGAUGGACCGUCUCAGUUCUCAUAACAACAUAAUCUGUGAUGGCAUUCUACGUAAUGAGGCGCUUAUGGAUACUCUAAGACAGUCGAACUUCGAGGUGAUUCUGUCCGACCCUAUCAUGCCCUGUGGUGAAAUCUUGGCAGAUAUACUGGGCGUGCCAUUCGUUCUGUCACUGAGACUUACUUUUGGGUAUGUGGCUGAAAGGGAGUGUGGUCAAUUGCCAACACCCCCAUCUUAUGUACCUGCUCUCCCUGGGCAGUUGACAGACCGCAUGGACUUCAUGGAAAGGUUGCAGAAUUUUUUAAUGUAUGGCUUUCACACUGCAUCUUUCUAUCUAUACAUCAAGCUGACUAGAAAUAAAUAUCUAAGUGAAAUCAGAGGUAAGCCAACUGAAUUUUGUGAUGUUGCUAGUAAAGCUGAUAUUUGGUUGAUCCGGACCUACUGGGAUUUUGAGUACCCACGACCUCUUCUCCCCAAUUUCAAAUUUAUUGGAGGGUAUCACUGCAAGCCAGCUAAGCCUCUACCAGAGGAUAUGGAGGACUUUGCUCAAAGUUCCGGGGAUGACGGUAUUGUGGUUUUCUCACUGGGAUCCAUUGUCAAGAAUAUUACGAUGGACAAAGCGAACAUAAUAGCCUUUGCACUUGGACAGAUACCUCAAAAGGUAUUAUGGAGGUACAGUGGGACUAAACCAGAGACACUGGCACCCAAUAUAAGACUUUAUGACUGGCUUCCCCAAAAUGACCUUCUAGGCCAUCCCAAGACCAAAGCCUUCAUAACCCAUGGUGGCACCAAUGGGCUCUAUGAGGCUAUCUAUCAUGGAGUGCCCAUGGUGGGCAUUCCUCUGUUUGGUGACCAGCCUGAUAAUCUUCACAUUAUGAAGGUGAAAGGAGCAGCUGUCAUUCUGGAUUUCAACAAACUGGAAAGUAAAGAUCUUGUGGAUGCCCUCAACACAGUGAUAAAUGACCCAUCAUAUAAGCAAAGCAUCAUGAGGCUCUCCAGGAUUCACCAUGACCAGCCAAUGAAACCUUUGGAUAAAGCUGUGUUUUGGAUUGAGUUUGUCAUGCGCAAUAAAGGAGCGAAGCACCUGCGUGUCCAGGCCCACAACCUCAGCUGGUACCAGUACCACUGUCUGGAUGUUAUUAUAUUCCUGCUUGCCACAGUGGGAUUGUUCAUUUUUAUUGUGGUAAAAUCAUGUUGCUUCUGCUUCAGGAGGUGCUUUAUGAAAAGUGUGGUAAAAAAAAAAACAGAGUGAGCUUAUGAAAUUAAUGUAUUAAACUCUUCAUUGCGAAAAAAU